CUUUAAUACACAAAACAACUCUCUCCUAUUCCAAAGGUCUGUUGUGCUGGCUGUACAGAAGCCUGGUGCUGGAUUUCAGCAGCAAAUAGAAAGGAUACUGCCCCAAAGUAAAGAUGUGUGAGAUCCUGCAUCAAUCCCCAGGCACAAACAAAGCACUUUAGGGAAGUGCCGUCCUUAAUCAAAAUUCUUCAUCCUGGAGCUAUUCGUUGCCUUGUAAAACACGCGGGAGUUUUACGAGCACUCCUCGAGCAUGAGGUCCAGUGAUGAAACUUUAAUUUCUGGGAGCUGGAAGCACAAGCGAUGCAGGGACAGAGGUGACACCUGACAGCUCCAAACUUCCCAUCCCUCCCUCCUGCUCCAACGCCGAGCACCGCAAAGCUCUGCUUAUUCACCCCUCAGCUCCUGCAGCCAAACAGGAGCGGCUGCAGGCAGGGAAAGGGGGGCUCUGGCAGCAAAGCUGUGCCAGGAUUCCUACUCCGGGAGCUGGAAAGAGGUAAAAAUUAAACCCUAGCAAUCCUGCUUUUACUGGGGUUUGAUUCACCCGCCUGGAAGGUAACCAGGCUGCGGGCAGCAGUGGCAGCCCCAUAACCGCGGGGCCCGCAGGAAUCCGCUCGUGUUCCCUGGAAUUCGGGCAGUUUUUGUUGCACCCCUUUGGGCUCGGUCCCAGCCCGUCGCUCAGCGCGGGGCCCGCCCCCUCCAGAGGAUAUUUAAGGAGAAGCUGAUGUGCGACUUGCUCCAAAGAGACGAGAAACUCCGAACGAGCGGGAGUCAGCCGGCAGCCUGGAUCCCUUCCCAGUGCUCGGGAUGUCUGGAGACUUGGGGACAGUGACCCGGACCCUGUUCCUGCUGCUCCUCGCCCCUGGCUGGGGAGAAGCACAGGCCUGCACCUUCCCGUGCCAGUGUCCCUCCCAGCCUCUGCAGUGCCCUGCUGGCACCAGCCACGUGUUGGAUGCCUGUGGCUGCUGCAAGGUGUGUGCCAGGCAGCUGGGAGAGCUCUGCUCCCUGCACAGGCCCUGUGACCACCACAAGGGACUCUACUGCGACUUCUCCAAAAUCCACAGAGGCAGCGGGAUCUGCUUAGCUCAUGAGGGUGCGACAUGUGACCUGCUGGGCAAGAUCUACCUGAACGGGGAGAGCUUCCAGCCCACGUGCAAACUGCAGUGCAUCUGCCUGGACGGCGCCGUCGGCUGCAUCCCGCUCUGCUCCGACGACCUGCGCCUGCCGUCCCCCGACUGCCCCCACCCCCGCAGGGUCAGGGUCCACAACAAGUGCUGUGAGGAGUGGGUGUGCGAGGAGGGCAGCGACAACGACCUGGGCACGGCCAUGGCGGUGUUCAGGGAGGACCCAGCCCAGAAGCCUGAGCUGAACAACCUGCAGGAGAACUGCCUGGUGCAGACCACGGCGUGGAGUGCGUGCUCCCGGAGCUGCGGGAUGGGCAUCUCCGCCCGCGUCACCAACGACAACCCCCAGUGCCGCCUGGAGAAGGAGACCCGGCUCUGCAUGGUCCGGCCCUGCGACUUCCCCAUGGAGAAAACCAAGAAAGGGAAGAAGUGCGUGAGGACCCCAAGGCCACGCCAGAGCCUCCACUUUGAGUUCUCGGGGUGCACCAGCACCCGCUCGUACCGGCCGCGGUUCUGCGGGAGCUGCUCGGACGGGCGGUGCUGCACCCCCGACCUGACCAGCACCGCCGACGUGGAGUUCCGCUGCCCCGAGGGGGACUCCUUCCACAGGAAGAUGAUGUUCAUCAAGGUGUGCUCCUGCCACUACGACUGCCCCCGGGACAACGACAUCUUCCUGGCCACCUACCACAGGCGGAUGAUCGGGGACCACGUCAGGAGCGAGCGGCAAUAGCCCUGCCCGGGCCGGAUCCGAGGCGUCGGGAGGGAUCCGAGGGGCUUUGGUGACUGUGUCGCAGGACAAUGCAGCCUCUGCCCCUCUGUGAGGGGCUGUGCUCUCCAGAGCAGCAGUGUUCACACCAGUGGUCCCAGUGAGCUGAGGUCUGGGGGGGAACAGCCCCAGCUGCUCCAGCCCUCUGACCCCCACCCGCGGUGCCGCAGAGGUCAGUGAAGGAACCAGACACAGGCUCGAGCUGCAAACUUGAUCCCUGUUCCCGCUGGCCAGAGGGGAGAGUGGAUCAAAGCCACGUGGCUCCAGCCUGUCUCCAGCCCAGAGCACAGCGGGCACAGUUCCUGAUUCAGACCCCAGGAGCUCCUCCAGCAUGAACUGGGGGUGGGCCAGGCUGCCAGACCAAAACCUGUCCCCUGUGGGUGCUGCUCUGGGCAGCUUUCAGUGCCUUGAUGAGCAUUUCACAGAACCAUAGAAUGGUUUGGGUUGGGAGGGACCUUAAUGCUCAUCUUGUUCUAACCCCCUGCCAUGGGCAGGGACACCUUCCACUAGCCCAGGUUGCUCCAAGCCCCGUCCAACCUGGCCUUGGACACUUCCAGGGAUGGGGCAGCCACAGCUUCUCUGGGCAACCUGUGCCAGGGCCUCCCCACCCUCACAGGGAGGAAUUUCUUCCUAAUCUCUUCAGAAAUGGCUCUGGGGUGGGAGAGAGGCAGGACCCCAUCAGCUCACACAUCUACAGAGGGGCUGAAGCUGUGUUUUGGCUCCAGAGUCUUAGCUCUGGAUGUUUGUGAGUAGGAGGAGCACUGUUCAGCUCAGGCCUCCCUGGGGAGUUUAAGGCACUGGCAAGAAAAAUUCUUGUAUUUGUAAAUGGAGCAGAUCCCCUCUGGAGUUACUUAGACAGUGACACAGAGAGCUAUUGGCACUGAGGUCUCCAGUAGGAUUCCCACCUCGUCACAGCCCUGACAGAGUCUCUGCCAUUAAAGACAUCCCGCUGCCAGCCCGUAGCUCCAGGAGAGGACACCAGCCCAGGAAGGUGCUGGUGGUGUGUCCAGCAGCAGUGCAGCCCCUGCAGCUCCACAGCUCCACGGAACUGCUGAGCUCUUGUGUGAAAACCUCUGCUGAUCUUUAGCAGAGACAUCCAGGCACAGGGCCUGAUUCUGUUCAUCACAGCCCAUGUGCAAAUCCCAGUGAACUCCUGUUCCAGCAGGAGCAGCAGGCCCAAGGCUUCACCCCACUACAUCUCCCCCCAGAGCAGAGCCUGAUGCCAGGGGACAGUCCCAGCUGCCCCCAAGUGCUGCCCCGAACCCCCAAACUCCCCUGACAUACCAGCUCAGGGCCUAUGUCCCAUCCCACUCCCUCUUCUUGCUCUCCCAGUCUGCAGCAGGUCCUGAGCCUUCAGCCUCCUGAAUCGAUUUGAACUGUAAAUAAUUUAUCUGGUGUUGUUUAUCUGUUUUUAAGGCCCUUGUACAGUUCCUGUAUCCCAUUGGCACAGCCCUGCUCAUGCCAUUCCCUCUCUCUGAGCUUUUCUCCUGCUGUUCCCUCGGCUGCUGAGCCUCCAACCACGCUGAGGUUGCACUUUACUCAACGCUAAUAAAUAUCUCUUUAUUUUUUA